AUGCUGCCAAAACAAGCUACAAAUACAUUAGAAGGAGUAGAUGAGCACAUUAUUCUCAAGGAAAACCAUGCAGCUAGGCCCAUGUGGGUGUCUGCAGAUGGGGUGAUAAUUCUUGAAAUGCACUCAGAGCAGAGUCAGCAGGCACAGGACUUUCUUAUUGCCAUAGCCGAGCCAGUAACAAGGCCGUGCAACAUGCACGAGUACAAGCUCACAGCCUACUCGCUCUAUGCAGCUGCCAGUGUAGGGCUUAAGACAGAAGACAUUAUUGACACAAUGGACAGGUUCAGCAAGAAUAAAGUUCCACUGAGCAUUUUGAACUUUAUCAGAUCAUGCACCACUAGCUAUGGAAAGAUCAAAAUGGUAAUUAGGCAGGGAAGAUACUUUAUAGAGUCGCAGGAAAACCAAAAUAUAUCCUUUCUGUACAGAGAUCCCGUGAUUCAGGAGCUGUGCGUGCCAAUAACAGAAGAAAAAAAAGUCAUAGUGAACUUUGAAAUAGAGCGAUCCAAGGUAGAGCAGGCCAAGAAGCGAUGCAUAGAGCUUGACUACCCGCUAAUCGAAGAGUACGACUUUAGAACAGAGAACACACUUCCACUUCUGGACAUAGACCUAAAAUCCACAACCUCAAUACGAACAUACCAGGAGUUCAGUCUGAACAAAAUGUUUGGAAAUGGAAGGGCUCGAUCCGGCAUUAUUGUGCUUCCAUGCGGAGCAGGAAAAACCUUGGUGGGGAUUGUGGCGCUGUGUACAAUGAAAAGAUCGUGCUUGAUACUAUGCACGACCUCUGUAUCCGUGGAGCAGUGGAAGCAGCAGAUAAAGCACUUCACUAAUGUGAAAGAUGAGUCCAUUGCGAUACUUACAUCAGACACAAAAGAGAAGUUUACUGGGCAGGCAGGAAUUGUUGUCAGCACGUACACUAUGGUAUCGUAUAGCGGGAAAAGGUCAUAUGAGACGCAGAAAAUAAUGGACUUUCUUACAAACACCGAGUGGGGGCUUAUUAUCUUCGAUGAAGUGCAUGUGGUGCCUGCCAACAUGUUCAGAAGAGUAGUUUCAACGAUCAUCUCGCACUGUAAGCUUGGUCUGACAGCAACUCUUGUAAGGGAGGACGAGAAAAUAGAAGACCUCAACUUUCUGAUAGGGCCAAAGCUGUAUGAAGCUGACUGGCUCAACCUGAGCGCGCAAGGGCAUAUAUCCAAAGUAAGCUGUACAGAGGUGUGGUGCAAGAUGACAGGGGAGUUCUACAAGCAGUAUCUAGUGGCGGAUGUAAGAAAAAAAAGAAUACUUGCCACAAUGAACCCAACCAAAAUACAGAUGUGUGAGUAUAUUAUAAAUAAGCACGAGGCGCUUGGCGACAAGAUAAUUGUCUUUUCGGACAAUGUGUUUACGCUAAAAGCAUAUGCGCUCAAGUUUGGAAAGCCGUUUAUAUACGGACCUACAGGACAGGCAGAAAGAAUGCAUAUUUUGAACCAGUUCAGAACCAACUCAAAAAUUAACACAAUCUUUCUGUCCAAGGUAGGAGAUACGUCAAUUGAUUUGCCAGAGGCUACCUGCUUAAUUCAGAUCUCUGGGCACUUUGGAAGUAGACGUCAGGAGACACAGCGUCUGGGGCGUAUUCUUAGGGCGAAAAGAAGAACAGAUGAAGGCUUUACUGCGUAUUUCUACACACUGGUGAGCAUGGACACGGAGGAGGUACCGUACUCCACACGAAGAAGACAGUUCUUGAUAGAUCAGGGGUACUCCUUUAAGAUAAUUGAGGAGAUUAAAGAGAUGGAAGAUAAUCCGCCCACCAUAUAUAGAACGAAAACCGAGCAAAAUGAGCUGCUUGCCUCAAUUCUGAUGGCGUCUGAAAGAGAUAUCCAAACGGAGUCUGAAGAUGACGAAAUUGAGCGGAUAGACAAAAAGGUGUCAAGCAAGAAAUUGUCCGCACCCACGCACCUAUCAUACACUGAGAGAAGAUCGAAAUAA